AUGCCAUAUUCGCUCCACGUCGUUGGGUUCCUCUUCCUCGGUGGGUUCUUCUUUGCCGGUUCGAGUGCUGAUGAGGCGCGGCUGCGACGCCAGGCACGGCAAGAUAUCCGUCGUGGGAAGCAUCCUGUAGAUUCAUCAUCUGUUGGAAGGAACGUUCGGCCUGUACUUGAAGAGCUGGUUGAUCCUUGUCUUCUUGCUGUUAGAGCUGCAUCUGACGUGGAAGUUUUGUGUCGUCCGUAUUUUACUGUUGGUUGGUUGUUUGGUUCCUCGCGUGGACCGACUCCUUCUGUUCUUCCUACACCUGUUGUUAGUCGUGUUGAUGCUGUUUGGAAUCGUCGGAAGCGAAGGAUUCUUCGAGAUUAUUACACCAGCAAAAAAAGAGUUCCUUCUAUGGAGCCGCCAUUUGCUAAGGAAAAUAUAUUACUUCUUAAAGGCGUUUCACGUGUUCGCUCUUAUUAUGGUGGUCCUGAGUAUGUUUGCCCGGCGUGCCAUGCUUCAUUUUGGUUUCUGGAGGGCUGUAAGAGUUAUGCUACUGGUGGUGGUCGCCUUCCAGUGUAUACUGGCUGCUGCAAGGGAGGCAAGGUGCCGUUGCCUUCAUUUCCCGAUUGGCCAUCUCCACUUAAGGAUUUGAUUAAGUUUGAUGGAGGUCCUGUCUCUAGCCGUUUCAUGCGUUUGAUUAGGCAUUACAAUUCUAUGUUUUGCUUCACAUCUCUUGGCGCUCGAGUUGAUCAGAGUAUUAAUGUUGGCGGGGGUCCCUAUGUCUUCAAGAUGAAUGGGGUGGUUUAUCAUCGUAUUGGUCCUCUUCUUCCUUCGGGGAAUAGUGCGCCAAAGUAUGCUCAGCUUUAUAUGGUGGACUCUGCUGAUGAAGUGCAGUUGAGAAUUAGUGCCUUUGAUCGUCAAGGAGCUAAAACGCUUGAUCCUGAUCCAGGCAUUGUGGCUUCUCUUAUUGCUAUGUUAAAUAGGCAUCAUAAAUUGGUGCAUAAGUUUAGAAUGGCUAGGGCAAAUCUGUGUUCUCCUUCUGCUCCUAGGGUGGCUAUACAUUUUAUGGGUGAUGAAGGUGGUGGUCAUGGUGACCGUUUUUCUGGUCCUGCUUCAUAUUUAAUGUUAUAG